GAAGGGCAUACAGGCAGUGAUUGACAUGCUCUGACACUGUAAGGGAGGGAACGGUAGGUUGAGUCGGGCGACGAUUAGACAUAAUUUGGCCCAUAAUUUAUGUGCCCAAAUCUUCGCCAGGAAAUAAUUACCGAGUGCUCAGUCGAGUUGGCUAACGUCCUUAUACGUGUAGCCGUUGUCUCAUCGCUGCUUCCUCAACUGCCGUGUCACUGCAUGGGCACAAUGAACCCCGUCUGAUAACGACAGCCUACAAGGGCAUGAGUUAGCAAGGAGGCUAGGCGCUGUGAUGAGAGACCCAUAGAUGGCCAAUUUUCCACGCCCGUAGCACAAAUGGAUAUAUCCACGACGUGAUAAAGGAACAUGCUUAAGAAGAUCAUGUUGGUGUCUAAAAGGAGGCUUGGUGUCAACAAGCGCUUGAGACUAUUUCUGCUCCUGUCCUGUGUUCCCACCCUGGCAUUCUUCUUGUACGGCCAUGACGUUCUGAUAUUUUUGGGCCUGAGGGUCCGCGACACAGCCGGUAUAACAUGGAAGGACUCGUCAAUGAGGAACAUUUUGGUAAAUGACACAGUUUCCAAAGACUUGCAGAAACGAGUUCGUAUUCUAUGUGUUGUGCCUACCACUGUGAAGAACGAAGAUACCAAAGUGUAUGCAGUGAAUGCGACAUGGGGAUCGCGAUGCAACAAAAUACUGUUCGUGUUUGUUUACCACCAUUCAAGGUUCCAUCAUAUAUCACUCAACAUCUCGGAUGGUCGUUCGCACCUGACUGCCAAAACCAUGCAAGCAUAUAAAGCAGUGUACAAGCAAUACGGGGACUCUUACGACUGGAUUCUUAAAGCGGACGACGACAGCUUUAUUAUCAUGGAAAACCUACGUUUUCUGUUAUCCAAAUUUGACCCAAACGAUGCAGCGUACAUCGGAUACCAUUUCAAGGUGCUUGCUCACAAUGGCUACAUGAGUGGCGGUGGUAGUUAUGUGAUCAGCAAGGCUGCAUUGCGAUUGGUCGCUGAGAAAGGUUUCAGUGGGGGAUGCGCUACCGACGGUAAUGAUGAAGAUGUGGAUGUCGGACGCUGUAUGGAAAAGUUGGGCAUUAAAGCCUACGUUUCAUAUGACAAGUUUGGCAGAGACACCUUUCAUCCUCAAAGUAUUGAACAGCACCUGAUCGGCCCGUUACCUUGGUAUCUAAAGGACUAUCCUGCAUCACCAAUUCAAGCAGGUCCAGACUGCUGCAGCCAAUUUUCCAUCAGCUUCCACUACGUCUCGUCCCACAUGAUGUACAUCAUCGACUUCCUCCUCUACAGGGUCUCCAUCUAUGGGAACUACGACUUGCCAAAAGAACAACUUCAGGAUAUUUUCACAAAAAAGACCUCCAAGAUAAAACAUCAAACUGAAGACGAGGUGUUUCCUGUACGUCACUAUUUUGCUGCUCCAAACUUCGUGCCACAGGAGCAUCCGGAAUAUAACCACCAACGGACAUGAUCAACACACCCUGACCCCUCCCUACCCCACACACGCCUCCAGGAUAAUUGGAUUCAGGGUCAGAGUGUCCGCAGGGUCCGCAGGGUCCGCAGGGUCCGCAGUAUGUGAGUGGUCAUGCUCAUACAGAUUGUUGAUUGCAUGUCAUUGUACCUUGCUCAUAAUGUCAAUCACUGGUUUGUCUGGCAUAAAGUUGACCAUUUACAGGCCACUGUCUCAUGAUAUUGUGGAAUGUGGCUUUGAGAUAACAACAAACAACAGCAAAUGUUUGCAUUCACGAUUGAAAAGGGAAAAUGUAAUUUAGUCUAAUCCCAUCCCAAACCACCCAGCCCCAGCCCCAUCCCCCCACAAACCACCCCACUCUGUCCCAUCCCCUUUCACCCACCCCCACUCUGUCGCAGCCCCCUGC